AUGUGGCAAAGUGGCUGGGGCCACUGGGAAUCAACUUCUGGGGAACCUGGCAGGCUAUCCUUUACUCAGUUCCAAAGAGCGCUGCAAGAGGAUCCACAAGAGCCAGCCGCACUAUCUGGACGCCCCAACGUCUUCAAUGAUCAGGCCAAAGCCAUCAUCACCGACAACGCCGGAUCACCAAAACCUCCAACCCUCAGAGGUGAUCACUGCAGACCGCACACUGACAUUUCAGGCGAAGAUUUCGUGAAGGCCGGACAAUUGGCAAGCAAGAUGCAGGCCUUGGGGCCCUUCCAAAGCAACUUGGUGGUGCCUAGCAACGAUCCUUCGAUCAACAAUCCGUUGGUUCACCGCCAGGAGCCAGCUGGUGAUAGCGGUCGGGCGUCUCGGGUGCCUGCUGACUUCAGGGUGUGUCAUGACAGUGGGGAUAUCAUGGGGAGAUAUUUGAUGGGUAUAAUGGCAUUACAAUGGGGAUAUAAUGGGGAUCAAAUUAUGAUGGUUUGUCUUUUGCAUAAUAUAUAA